CUCUUCUUCGCGGGGAUGGAGACGACUACCACCACGCUCAAGUGGUUUAUCCUCUACAUGAUGGCCUACCCCGAGGUCCAGUCACGUGUUCAAGCCGAGAUGGAUCAGGUGGUUGGAAGAGAGCGAUUACCAGGGUUGGACGAUCGACAGAAUCUUCCUUACACGUGUGCUGUGCUUAUGGAGGUCCAGCGCAAGGGGGCCGUGGUUGCAAUGGGGGUGCCUCACAUGGCUGCUGCUGACGUCACAAUCAAAGGCUACACCAUACCAAAGGGUACUAUCAUCUUUCCUAAUAUCUUAAAUGUGUUGAACAACAAGAACUUCUGGGACGACUCUGACGCCUUCACACCUGAGAGGUUUCUGAGUGAUGAUGGGACGUUGAUCAAGAGAGAAGAGCUGAUAUUUUUCAGUACUGGUCGCCGUGUUUGUCUCGGAGAGCAACUAGCCCGGAUGGAGACGUUCCUUGGUUUUACCAGCCUCCUUCACCGAUUCACAUUCAAGAAGCCAGACAACUCACCACCAUUGUCCUUUAAGGCAGUCCUGGGAGGUACAAGAAGUAGCUUACCCUACCUCACCUGCGCUAUUCCAAGGGAUUCCACUGAAAAUGGUGCUUGAUUGAUUUGUAUUAGUUUGCAGGCACAAAUCCUAGUCAGUCGUAAAAGAGAGUAUGCACUAUACGACUACCAUAGACCAUGUAAUAUAGCUGUUCCUGACACCUACAUUGACACAACCAGGUAGCUAGGCUAGGUUUCUCUCAAGGCACAAUGAUUUUUUGAUAAAGUGUCAAAUUAGGGUCUGUGC